AUGUUGACUAUAUUUAUUAUGGACAAUAUUCUUCAAAGCCCAGCCAACAUUACUGAUAAAGCAAGAAUUCUCGACGAAAAAUACAAACUUUCAGCUGUAGGGUGCCUCGUACACUUUUUAAAAACUAAUGGUCACUCAACUUUCGAGUCUCUUGUUGACUACAUAAAAUUAAAAAAAGAUGAGCUCUUGACUACCAAGGGAGGAAAAUUCUCUAAGCCAGCGUCUGGCAUUGCGAAUUAUGUCUUAGGUUGGUAUCCUAAAAUAUUCUUAGUCAAUAGCCAAUUACGCUAUUAUUUAGAUGUAACCACCAUAUAGGAAGAAGAAGCAGCAAAACAUGAAUUAGAGUUCAAAAAUAAAGAGGCGAAUAAGCAAGAAAAUGAUAACUUUUUCCCAAUACAUUCUAAAAGAGAAGAUGAAGCGAGUAUACAAAGGAGAAAAGCAAUGAAGAGGAUAAGGUUUACAAUUGAAAGCGAUUUAAAAAAAAGUCGAGAAGAGUAUUCUCCAAUUACAAAAGCCUAUUUAGUCCUGACGUCUUACGAUAAUGAAGCGAUUACUGACCUUAAAAAGCUCAUAAGGAAAACAUAUACUGAGCUAAUAUUAUCUAAAAACUUUUAA